AUGAGAAAAGGAAACUCUGAUUCGUAUUAUGAUAACGAGAAAAGCAAGGAAGACGACAAAAAUCAUGAAUCCAAUCUACAAGAUGAGAACAACAAACAAGCUAUAACUAGUGAUAUGGAGAAUGAUUUAAGAGAAGUGGUAGAAUCAAUGGUUCCGUCUGAUCAAUCUCUUUUUUCGGUAGUCUUUAAUUCAUCCUAUUUGAAAAAACAAAAUGACAUAACAUCUAAGAGGAAAUUAGAUGAUGUUGAGGAAGAUGACAUUUACGACAAUUUUGAAGUAGUGAGCAUCAAAGAUAGCACUCUCAUUGUGGGAGAAACAGAUAUUCGUUCCAAAUUUUUAUGGAAUUGGAAUGGAUUAACCAGUAGUCCAAAAGUCAACGUUGAAGAGGUGACAUCAAUAUUAAUAACAAGUGAACAAAAGAAUAAAAAUUACGCCAAUGAAUCUUUCAUGGGCGUGAACUCGCUUGAAAAAUUAUGUGAAUCAAUUUAA